AUGGAAUCAACUUCCAAACAAAGCAAUAGGAGUGUAUCUAGCAUCCGGGAUGAAGGCAAUCAUGAUGUACCACAUCCUCCUGGUGACAAGAAUACAAGGGACUUGGAGGCACCAGCAGCAACCAGUGAGGUGGGAGCCAUCCACACACUGCCGAGAAAUGGUUUAAGCCCGAGCGAUCAAAAGAGCAAGCGAGGACUACGAAGAAAGAAGGUAGGAGCUGCCAUGGAUUCAGAUUCCAAACAAAGCCAUAGGAGGAUAAACAGCUUGCGGGAUGAAAUUGAAAAUCAUAAUGCCAUGCCGCAUCCUCCUGGUGGCAACGAUACAAGGGACGUGGAGGCACCAGCGGAAACCAGUGCAGUGGGAGCCAUCCAUACACUGCCUAGAAACAGAUCCGGUUUGACCCAGAGUGAUCACAAGAGCAAGCGAGGACUACGAAGAAAGAAUGUACCAGAGGAAGCACACUUCACACCCGCCAAGCGAGAGCGACGCCCCUUUCCCAGAGACAAGUUCCCUCGAGCUGAAGCACCACUGCUGGAAGCCACCUUGGUGGAAGAGGAUGACCCCUCGGAUAUUCUCGUGGUAAUGGCAGAGCCGGCACAAGAAUUGGACAAACAGAACGGAUCACUCCAGGUCCUUCCAGUCUCGGCAGCAGGGAAAUGGCUCUGUUUAAUCCUGGCCCUUUUGAUUACCGCAAUCGCAAUCACGGGCAUUACGUGUGGUUCGGGCCUCUGCGGCGACGAUGGUGGAUCAACACCAGAGGCGUCCAACGUUACUACUCCAGCGCCAUUAUUGACGAACGACACCUUGGUUGGGAACAUUUUUGAUCACGGAAACACAACGGAAACCACUCCGUCGCUGGCAUCCAACACGACAUCUCACAACACGCAACCAAACAGCACGAGCAAGCAAGGACGGCUUCGUCUCUACGAGGGACAGCGAUUGCUGAACGGGUUUGCGGGCAAUGUGACAUCACGCCGUAAUGCCACAACGGGUGAAAUGCUCUUGUUCUCGAAAACGCAACUCCAACCCAUGUCCAUCGCAGACACCGCAUACUUCUCUACAGUCGUCAAUGGCGGAACGGUCAACGUGUAUCUCCUGGAAUCCCUCCAUCUACCAGACAACUACGCCAUACAGUCCUUGCAACGCGAAAGCAGCAACCCCAAUGCCCCGCUACGAAAAGCGCUAGAUUGGAUCUCCCGUAGCUAUUCGCUAGAAAUGUUAGACACAAUGGAGGGAUGGAGAAAGCACCAACUGUACGCUCUCGCAUGUGUCUACUAUUCCUUCGAUGGGGACACGUGGGAUAUCGGGGACCGGCAAGAGUGGUUGAAUCCGAUGUCCUCAGAGUGUGAUUGGACACUGGAGCCCACCGCCUACAAGAAUCGAGAAAUCUUCCAGAUUCAAUGCGAUGAGUCACAAGUUGUGAUCAGUUUGGACUUUGGCCACAUUACCGAUAUCGAUUCGGGGACGAUUCCACCCGAAGUGGCAAUGCUAUCGUCCUUGGAAUACCUUGCCAUUGGCAGUUCCCCCAGCUGGAGUGAACCGUUGGACAAGGUCGUCCCAACCACCCUUCGCUACAUGAAAAGCCUCGAAACGCUCCUGUUGUCCGACAGCAACCUUCAAGGUACUAUCCCUCCGUCUCUGUUUUCACGCCUGCCACGCAACAUGACGCAUUUGAGUUUGGCGGCCAAUUCCUUGAGCGGCUCACUGCCGUCCGAGGUUGCCACCCUCUCCGCUUUGACUCAGUUGCAUCUUGGUGGCAACCUGCUAUCUGGGGCACUGCCUACAGAGUUGGGACUGUUGGCAGAGAUGGAAACCAUCAAUCUGUCCCUGAACAAUUUCCAUCAUAAUGAGAGCACCAUUCUCUCCGAGUUUGCUAAAAUGACUCUUCUGCGAGAUUUGAUGUUGCACGACGCCUCCAUCGCUGGCACGAUACCUACAGUGAUAGGGCUCCUGACGGCAUUGACGCAACUGAAACUUGGGGCCAACCAGUUUUCCGGCAGCAUUUGCCAGCCGAGCUUGACAACGACCGUUUGCCAACUCUUGUUGAGGAUUUAA